AUGGGAUUUUUGCUGGGGGUGUUUGAUGCAGUGAAAGAUGAUGAUGCAGUUAGAACGUACGAUAAAGAUAUCAGUGGAGAUAAAAUUGAUACAGUUAUUAGCAUGUUACAAUCUUCAAUUGGCUCCGGGCGUGAUGGGCUUGUGGAUGCUGUCGGCGCGGUGAAGGCGUGGCUGGAGGGGUAUGGAGAGAAAGUAAGAGAGAAAAAUAACUUAGUUACUACGCCCAUUGAAAACAUAAAAACAGAAAUUGGAGAGCACAUAAAAGAUCAAUCAACGCCACAAAAACCUAUCGACCAACAGAUCAACGAGUGGACUACGCGGGCCGACGAUUAUCUAUCCAAGGUGAAGAGCGCCGAAGGCGCCUUAGUAGACAUAGACUCCAAACUUAAAGAUAAGUUGAAAUGUCCUAUUAACAUGCUGUUGCAGGCAACGAAGACCUUUCGGGAGGACGCAAGGAAUAGGGACUUGGAGGAGUUGAACAAGACGGCGGCGGCGGAGCUCACAAAGCUGGAGAAGGAAGUUAAGGAUUUCGUUAAUUUUCGAGUUAUUAGAAUGGGAAAUGAAAUUGAAGGAGCGUUUAACGAGCAGAUACAAAAGCCGAUUACCAAUGUGAAAGAUAAGUUGGCGCAAGUUGAUGCGGACUUGAAGUCGUGGAUCGAGGAAGCUACAAAAGUUAUUCAACAGGUCAAACAGAAGGCACAACAGGUCCAUGAUAGGUUGGAAGCACAUGUGAAAAAAAUUGCAGCUGAUGCUGAUAAAGUGCAAAAAGAAGCGGAAAAACAAGUAUCAGCUAAAUUAAUUACAGUAGAUGGUCUGCUAAAUGAAGCGGAAAGCAAUAGCAGGGCGCUAGAUGAAUCGUGCAGCAAAUCCGAACGUCAUUUAAAGACGCUGAAGGAGUCAGCAGAGGAGGUGAUACGUCAAGCCACGUACAAUGUAGAGAACAUUAAAGAACUUAAUAGAGAAAUUACAGGUGACCUGAAACAAAAAUUGAAUAUGGUAUCAUUUCACGUGAAAGGACUAGAACUGAUUGGUAUGCAAGAAAAAUUUGAAAUGUUGCUUCAUAAUGUUUAUGAUGCGAUUGGAAAUCUCUCCGAGGCGGUUGUAGGUCAGAAAGAUAAGUCUAUUAAAAAAAUGCUUGAAAAGCUUAAACGAGAAGACAUUGACGGUCUUAAGAAUGCUAUUGAGACAGCUAAUGAAGAUUUUAAAGAAUUGGACGAGAGACAAUAUCCAACGGUGAAGUACUUUAAAGAUUUAAUGUCUUCAGAUAAAAACGAAAACACCAUAUUUGCCAGGUUCCAGAAAGCAGUAGCGAUUGACCAAAAAGGCAAGAACGUCUCUGAUCAUCCCAAUUUUGCAGGGAAAGUUGACGAAGCUAUAAACGCGGUUAACACAGAGGUUACCAGCAUUAAUGCCACAUUUGCAUCCGAAAUUAAGAAGGCACUCACUACCGCAGUGGAUGACGCUGCAGCACCAAUCGCAAAAAUUAAAGCGUUCGCAGCCGCGAUUUCACAUCCCGAUUCUGGCUUCCCGCAUAAUUUACUGGACGUGAAGCAUCAGAUUACGUCACUUCAAGUUAGAUUUCAAUCACUCAUAGAUGCAGUAAGAGUCGCCAAGAUGAAACAUUAUGUCAGCGACCUACUCGGGGCACUUCGCAAUGCCAAGAUGCUUAUCGUUAAAUACAUAAAGGGCAUCGCACACGAUUUCAAAAUGCUUACUGCCGAGCUUACAGCGCUCCAAGGAGAGUUGCAAAAAGAUAAUGUCGGCCACGACGUCAUUACAACGUUAAAUGACUUUUUAAGUCAAGGCAUACAAAGUACCGGGGAGUGGAAAGACAAGACCGCCGUAAAGGGUCUUACGGAGAUUGAAAAGCGCAUUGCGAACAUCCUAGGUAUUGGCGAUGAAGGUGAUGCGCCAAACGAUUUGAAUACCAUAGUUACCAAGGCCAACGCUUUCUACACCUCCGUAUUGCAAGCCGAAGCAAGAGAAGCCAUGCGAGAAAUUGCAGAGCGUGUGAAGCAGGAAUUCAGCAUAACGACCAAAAACAUAGAGGCAAGAGCUCAAUGGUUGUACGCCAACCGUAAAAAGAAGGAACUCGAAGAAUUAAAAAAUAUUGUCGACAGUCAGAAAUCCGAGAUUCGCAACAUAAUCGACAAAGACAGAGCAUCCGGUAUCAAGUGCCUGCUCUGGUACAUGAAUCACAAUCGUGGAAAGCUUACGGAACUCACGGGCAUAAAUGAAUUUAAUUAUGCAACAGAAAAAUGCAAGCACUAUUUCGAUCCACUUGUAGAGUAUAUCAAAGCGCAAGUCAAGAAUACGAUCAAACCUGCAACCACCAAUGAAACCACGGACCCAUAUAUACAGCUAACCAAAAUCAAAGAACACUUCGACAAAUUACUUGGACAUCUUCAAAAGGAUGAUAAAAAGUAUAAUUUCGACAAUAAAUUCACCUCCCUCCUCACCACCCUCUCCACCUCCCUCACCGCUCUCACCCCCUCCGCCUUCGCCAACCCCCGGCACCCGGAGCUGCUCGAUGCGGUCAAAAAGGGGCUGCAGGGGUUUGUGCAGGAGAUGGAGCGGGUGUAUGUGAACAAGUACGACGGUGACCCAGCUGUUUAUUUCUCUUGGAAUGGAACGUUUACAAGUGAAUUAAACGACCUUGGCAAAAAUUGCGUUAGAGUGUUUCUGACCAUUGUCAACAUCCUCCACGAAGAUCUCGAUAAGUUGAAUUAUAAGUGUGACGGUGACUGGAGGCGCAAAUUAAUAUGUGAAAUGGAUGGUGAAGACGAUAAUCCUCUCGGCCAAUUCAUGAAACGCUGUGGCUAUAAGGUCGCAGGAAACAAGGAUUCCAAGGAAGGGGAGUUAAACUUCCCAUCGAGAGAUUUCACAGGCAAAAACAUUCAUAGUAAGCUCAAUGCUACGAAAUUCGGCGACGACCAAGUUAUUGCUCAACACCUUCUAAAAUGUGAAUCGAACGAAGAGGAUGAAGAAGGCGAAAAAGUUAAAAAGCACAACUUCGAUUUCUUUGACCUCCUCAACUGCCUGCUCAGUCACGUCAAUGAGUACAACGAAGUAUGUUAUCUGUCCACUUUACAGGCAAGAAGACAACCAUGUUCCGUGUAUGAGAUGCUCGUAUGGCUUUCGGGUCUCCCACAUCAUCCCGUGUAUACGGAUAUGAGAGACGUAACCACGCUCGGAAUUAUCGACGGUUUGAAUAAAAAGGAAGAGGAGGAAUUCAGUGUAUCGUUCGUCGACGACAGCUCAUCCCUUGAAGCCUAUCCGGAUAAGAUCACGUACAACAGCGUACAAGGAGCCGUAACGGAGGUAUGCUCCAAAGCGUAUGACACCGUCGUCUGCAUUGCUGGUACCGGCGACGCUCAGACAGUGUACGGCUGCGAUUACUCCAACAAUUCGUUCAACUUCUAUUACCCGCAAGACGGUGAAGGCUGCCUUGACAUGUUCCUCGACGUACUUCGUAGGCUCUUCCCUCCGCUUAAAUUCCUGCGAAAUCAGUGCAAGUACCGUUCCAAUCAUCUGGGAUGGCGCGAUUGUCAGUACGGGAUGGAUGUUCCCAUGGGCAAAUCGCAGUGUACCGAGCACUCAAGAGACCAAGUAACAGGCCAACCAAAGUGCCAGGCAAACAGCAAAGUAAACUGCCAACCAAAUUCACCACUUAUGUCCUAUUUGAAUGAUUGCUUGCCCGGGCAUUUACCGCAUCACCUCACUAAAAUUGGUUGCAAAUACGAAUGUGCCACCUGCCCUUCCACCUUAAAGAAAGGUAUACCGUGCAUGACUCCCCUUGGAUUCAGAGGAUUCUCUGGUAGCAUAAAAACUGGCAAAGAUAUAUGUGCCAUACUCGAUUCAUUCUUCAGCAUCCGAAAAGUUGAGACGCUGUUCACUCUCUUGCCUAAGCCGCCGUCCAGUGUGCCAGAGCACUUUGGUUUCGCGUUGUCACUUGUUGGCGGGUGGUAUGAUAAUGACAACCUCAACAAAAAUGACGUGCAAACAGCAUUCGAAGAGUCCAUUAAAAACGUGUCCAUUCAUCUAGUUGACCAACCUAAUGAGCUAACCGACGCUAUAACUAACGCGUAUGGUUCCGGUUAUACUAAGCAUAGCAGUUGCGAGCAUAACCACGUAAAGAACCUCACAACGGGUGACAUAUGUAGCGACAAGAAAAAUGUAGAUUGCGCUCCUUACAUGUCUUCCCUAUGUGCUGAUUCAUAUUAUUAUGUUGCCAAAGCGCACUCGGACACCUACUUGUCCUGGGCAGUGUACUUACCUUGGAAUUUCUGGACGUUGCUCAACAAUUUAUACCAAGACUUCUGCAAUAUUAAUUGCCAAGAUUGGGGUUGCCGUAACUGCCUCAACAGUAGACAGUGCAAACGCGGACAACAUGGUCUCACCGAGAAAGUUGACAAAAAGCCUGAAAUCCCACACUGUAAAUGCGAUUCGAUGGUUAAGUGCAAAGGUGUCGCACCUACAUUCUACAGAUAUGGUUUCUCAUUUGGCAACGUUAUCGCAUUGAAUAUGAAAUCAAAAGAAAAACUGUGCUCCAAUUUCUGCACUCAGUUGAGGAACGUAUUGGAGUCCAAGUAUUUCACCGACCUAUUCGACACGUGCGACAAAUUCAUUUUUACAAUCCGCGCCCCCUUCAUCUGGCUCAACGUCGCACUCUGGCUACUCUCUCUCCUCUACCUCCUCCACAUCAUGGUCAUCCGCCUAGACCUGCUCCACAUCAAAUCGCAUUUGCAUAGUCCCUCAUCACAUCGUAUCGCCGCUCAGUCGCUACUCGCCGCUGCGCGUGUUAACAAGCUUAACAGAGUGUUUUACCUGCAGCCAUAA